UAAAUAUGGUGGAAAAUGUGUAUUCGUUUAUUAUUAUAUUUACUUCGGAGUUUUCAUGUUACGAUAAUUUUCAAAUACGCAAUAUAUAAAUUUAUUAUGAGUUACCUGAAAUUAUUUUCUUAUUUGCAAGUUUAAAAUGAAUUCUUUGCCAGCCGGUGCAGGCAUAGCGCGUGCGUUUUUAGAAUUAACAGUGUGACGUGUAUCGUUAAAAAUUCUUUUUUGGAAAUGUGUCUUUAUACAAUGAAAAACAACAUUUACACAUAAGUAAUACGUGUUCUUAAUAUUCGAAUAUUAAGGAUUUUCUACAACUUAACCUCAAAAAGCAAUUUUCGAAAAAAAGAAAAAUGUUGGGGUUCGGAAAGAAGAGUGCUAUUAGCAACAGUGCUGAAAAACACGAAACUCUUUUAACGUUAUCAAUUUUAACUUUGGCCGCGAUACUUUCUUUUGCAACACGUCUCUUUUCUGUUCUGCGUUUUGAAAGCGUAAUCCAUGAGUUUGAUCCAUAUUUUAAUUACCGCACAACUAAAUUCUUAGCAGAAGAAGGUUUUUAUGCUUUUCAUAACUGGUUCGAUGAUAGGGCAUGGUAUCCUUUGGGAAGAAUUAUCGGCGGUACUAUAUAUCCCGGCCUAAUGGUAACAUCAGCAGCCAUUUAUCAUUUGUGUUGGUUAUUCAACAUCACAAUUGAUAUAAGAAAUGUGUGCGUCUUUUUAGCGCCACUAUUCUCGUCAUUUACGACAAUAAUAACAUAUUUACUUACAAAAGAAGUGAAAAAUGCCGGUGCUGGACUGGUUGCAGCAGCUAUGGUUUCUAUUGUACCAGGAUAUAUCAGUAGAUCAGUGGCCGGCAGUUAUGAUAACGAAGGAAUUGCCAUAUUUUGCAUGUUACUCACUUAUUACACUUGGAUUAAAGCUGUGAAAACUGGAACAAUACUGUGGGGGACGUUUGCAGCACUUGCAUAUUUUUACAUGGUCUCUUCAUGGGGAGGUUACGUCUUUUUAAUCAAUUUAAUUCCGUUGCAUGUCAUAACCUUGAUGGUAACGGGCCGAUUUUCACAUAGAAUUUAUAUAGCAUACAGUACUUUGUACUGUGUGGGGACUAUUUUGUCAAUGCAGAUUUCUUUUGUGGGUUUCCAGCCUGUACAAAGCUCCGAGCACAUGUUGGCGUUAGGUGUGUUCGGCCUAUGUCAAAUCUACGCUUUCGUCGAUUAUUUGCGAAGUAAACUAUCGAAAACUGACUUUGACGUAUUAUUCAACUUCUUAGUAUACACUGUGGGAAUUUUAUUCGUCACAGUUUUCGGAGUUUUAACCCUCUCUGGGAAAAUUUCCCCAUGGACGGGCCGUUUUUACUCGCUUCUUGACCCAUCAUAUGCUAAGAACCACAUUCCAAUAAUUGCCAGCGUUUCCGAACAUCAACCCACAUCAUGGAGUUCAUUUUAUUUCGAUUUACAAAUUUUGGUCUUCUUGUUCCCUGCCGGUCUUUACUUUUGUUUCAGUCAUUUGACUGAUGCGAACAUUUUUAUGAUUUUGUACGGCGUUACUAGCAUUUAUUUUGCUGGGGUCAUGGUACGUCUAAUGUUGGUUCUAGCUCCAGUUAUGUGUAUUUUAAGCGGAAUCGCAGUCUCACACUUGCUUACAAAAUUCAUGAAAAACACAGACACGGCGAAACCUUCCGAGCACAAAAAAAGCAAAAAGUUGGAGUCAAAUCAUGUAUUAAAAAAUGAAAUUUCGUCGGCUUUUGUUGGCGUUAUUUGUCUGUUGUUAAUUUCUUAUACUUUCCAUUGCACUUGGGUCACUUCCGAGGCUUACAGUUCUCCGAGUAUUGUACUAAGUGCGAGGUCACACGAUGGCGGAAGAAUCAUUUUUGACGAUUUUCGUGAAGCCUACUACUGGCUUAAGAUGAAUACACCUGAAGAUGCGAGGAUUAUGUCAUGGUGGGAUUAUGGUUAUCAGAUAACAGCGAUGGCAAACCGGACAAUUCUCGUUGAUAAUAACACUUGGAACAACACACAUAUCAGUCGAGUGGGUCAAGCGAUGGCGAGUUCGGAGGAAAAGGCGUAUGAAAUCAUGAAGGAGUUGGAUGUUGAUUACGUUUUAGUAAUUUUUGGGGGGUUGACAGGAUAUUCCUCCGAUGAUAUAAACAAAUUUUUGUGGAUGGUCCGGAUUGGGGGAAGCACCGAUAGAGGUGCGCAUAUAAAAGAAUGGGAUUAUUACUCAUCCAGUGGCGAAUUCCGCGUCGAUAAAGAAGGGUCGCAAACUUUACUAAAUUGUCUAAUGUACAAAAUGUGUUACUACCGGUUUGGUCAAGUGUAUACAGAAGGGGGGAAACCCCCGGGUUAUGACCGAGUCCGUGGUGCCGAAAUUGGAAAUAAAGACUUCGAAUUGGACGUUUUGGAGGAAGCUUACACGACGGAACAUUGGCUCGUGCGUAUUUACAAAGUCAAAGAUUUGCCCAAUCGGGGUGUAUAAUAAGUAUAUUGUUUUUUCAAUUUUUCAUUUAUUAAUAAAAAAUCAUUGGUAA